AUGGUUAGAACGAAGAACCUACGGAAUCCCAAAAAGGUGGUUGACACCGAUGCAACCCCCGCAAAUCCUCCUGCUGCUGCUUCAAUUGUGCCUCAUGCUGCUGCAAAAAUAGGAGAUUCUUCGCUUCCUCAGCGUGAAUCUCAGCCCGAGAAGCCCAAACGAAUUCCUAAUGAAGUGGCUCGAAAAUCUGUGCGCCCAUACAAAACUUCGACCUCAUCGUCUUCAUCUUCAAAGGGAUCUCCUCCACCUGCUGCAAUUUCUCCUCCUGCUGCAUCAGUAAAAGAAGUUGCUGCUUCUACUCCAACUGGUCCUUCCACUCGCACUCGUGCCCAGCAAGCUUCUGUCGAGAAGGAACUUCGAUCAUCUCGAAUUCGUGACAAGCCAGUGCCUCUAGCCAAGAAACAAAAGGUAAAUCCCCCUUCGAUUUCUUUGAGUUCUGAAGAAGAAGAACCCAUGGAGGAUCCCUCUGUUGAUUCCUCAGACAAAUCCGUGUCUCUCCAUUCUGAGAAGGAGAUUCCAGAGGAUAUUGGAGUUUCCUCAGACAGUGAGGAAACUGAACUCGAGCCAGAGCCUCCUUUGACCAAAUCUGCCUCAGCUCCUGCUCGAUCCUUUUCAGCAGCCAAGGCUUUUGCUGCUGCCAAAGGCAAGCAGCCAAUGAAGGAACCAUCUCCUGAUUUCUAUGCUAAUUUAUCUGAUGAUUUUCUUGAUGAUAAUUCUAGACUUUUUAGAAAAGUGUAUGUUAGAGGACAUUGGUUUUCGUUCUCUGAAAAAGACAUUUCUCAAGCCUUGCAACUUCCAGAGAAUAAAAAUGUGGCCCAAUCUCAUGAAACUCUUGAGCCUUCAUUGACUAGAACAACAUUCCAACCCUCGGAGUAUUUUGAUGGAGUUUUUCAUAAGAGGCCUAAAGCUGGUGGUGGUGCUGCUGCAAGCUCGAGUUCUGCAGCUGCAGAAAUCCAGGAGGUCAAGAAUGAGGUUCAGCUGGUGAACAAUUGUCUUGCUGCCAUGGUGGAAGUUCAGCAAGAGAUGUCAAAGCAACUAUCCACCUUGGUCAAGCUUUACGGAGCCUAA